UGAAAACGAUUUUCCAAUGUUGUGUUAGCAUUUGAGCAAGAUGCUCAUUAUUUUGUUCAAAUAAAGUGUCAGUGUUCACGUAAUGGAUGAUGCACAGAAAACCGAACUCAGCGCUUCGAAACGAAAACAUUUUGCGAAACUACAUGAACGGAUUCACAUCAAAUAUGAACAGAUGCAGAGGAAACUUGAAAAAUCUAGAUCUGUGGACACACUGCCGACUUUGGAAGACAACUUUAGUUACAAAGAAUUAUUCGUAAAGGACGAUGAGAACAAGGAAUUGGAUGAGAUUUUUAAGCAAUCCGAAAAAGUCACUCAGUCUUUAGAACAUCUAGUCGUAGUAGAAGACAGACAUAGACAUGAUGCCAGCUAUCAAUUACUGGAUCUUAAAGAAGCUAGUAUUUCAGAAUCAGAAUUGGGAGUGAAUGACAUACAUAAAAACGGAAAUGGUACUAUAUUUCCUGAAGACCAUUUUUUUGGUGACGACUUCACUAGGCACAGUUUGGAAUCAUUGAAUGAAGUAGCAAACGAAAGCGAUGAAUACCUCACACCUUCAACGUCGCCGCCGCCGAAAAUUUCAAUUCGUGACAGAAUUGGAUCAAGAAUAUCGGCCGUUAAAGAAAGACGUCGACGUAUGGAACAAGAAAGAAAUAUGGCGAAGGACAGAAAAAAACAAUCUCGAGACAAAGUUGAAAAGUUCAUAUUGAGUAACACGACUAAACAAGAUAGAUUCAAGUUAACCAAAAAAAUCAAAGUUGCAACUGUCACCAUAGCACUUAUAGAAGCUACUAAUGUGGAAAUCGAUGCAACCGAAGAGAAGCCGCGUGUGCUUUUUUGUCGUUUUAGGUUGGGUUCAGAAAAAUAUAAGUCAAAAACAAUAAAAUGUCACAGCACAUCUGAGAUAAAAUGGCAAGAGUUGUUUAACCUCAACAUGUUUGAAGAUAAUCACCUUGAGCUAUCAUUAUGGGACCGAGAUUCUUGCAUUGGCAGAGCUAUCCAUGAUUUGUCUGAAAUGGAAAAAGAAAAAACACAUAAACUACGUGUAAACUUAGAAGGUGAAGGACCUUCAGCACAAUUGUUUGUUUUACUUACCGUUACCGGAACAUCGACCAACUCCUUGAUAGAUCUUGAUGAUUAUCAAGUCAGUCAACGAAGACUCUCUAUUAUGAAACAGGAAUUUGCCUGGUACCAUCUAAAAAGUGAAAGUAAAGAUGUUGGAGCACUUUUCGUGAUUGUGUACGGUGCUAAAGGUCUCGUUUCAAAUGACAAUUAUUGCAUUCUUACACUAAACAAUGCAAGAGUCCAAACCCAUACAGACUACAAAACUAACGAACCAAACUGGAUGAAAUACUUUUCAUUCCCCGUAACUGACAUUACCUCUAUAUUAGAAGUAACAGUACAUGACGAAAAAAGAUCUGAAGACGUUGCUAAAAUUUCGAUACCUUUACUACAAAUAAAAAAUGGAGAGAAGGUGUGGUACGCAUUAAAAGAUGCAUCACAACGAGAUAGAGCUAAAGGGAACAAUCCAAGAAUCCUAUUAGAAAUACGAGUCUCAUGGAAUUUUCUGCGUUCUGCAAUUCGUGUCAUUAAUACAAAAGAAGAAAACUUUUUGGAGAUAGAAGAGAGAUUACAUAGACAUAUUUUUGCUCGCAAUUUGGGCCGGGCCAAAGUUGUGGUCGCCUGGAUCCUGAACGCCUUUAGAGUCGCUAAAACCCUCUUCGAAUGGGAAUCUACAAAAUCGAACUUAAUAGCAUUAUCAAUAUGGCUUCCAUUCUGCUGGUUUUUCAAAAUUUGGAUGCUGCCGCUUCUAUUAUUAAUACCUUUUGCGUGGUACAGGCCACCGAAAUACUACCUCGUAAAUUGGAAACGUUAUUUUAGAAGAGGAAUCCCAAAUGAAGAGAGCGAAGAGAAUUCCAAAAAGGAUAAGGAAGAGAAAACCUCACUAAGGGACAAAAUAAACAAUUUACAGGAAAUGAUACAAUCGGUUCAAAAUUUUCUUGGAAAAGCCGCGGCACUCUUUGAGCGUAUAAAAAAUUUAUUCAACUUCACCGUGCCUUUUCUCAGUUUUUUAGCAAUAUUCUUUAUUCUGGUUAUUGGAUUUGUCAUGUAUAUGAUACCUUUGAGAUACAUAUGCAUGAUUUGGGGUAUUCAUAAAUUCACGAGGAAAAUACUAAGGCCAAACAGAAUCCCCAAUAACGAAAUCUUAGAUUUGCUCUCCAGAGUUCCCGACGACGAAGUAUUG